UGACCUAAACCCGAAGACUUCUGUGUUCCGUUUGUUGUUGGUGUCCUGGGAAUAUGGGAAUGAAAAUACCUCAUUUAUGACGGAACAUGAAUCUGAAAAACCUAUUUCAAGACUUCAAUCCAAGUAAGUUCCUGGUUUUCUCCUGCUUGUUGGUGUUCUCACUUCUAUUCGCUCUGCGUCAAGAUAACUCAAUAUCAUGGAGCUAUUGGGUCAUAUUCCUACCUAUCUGGUUAUGGAAGGGCACCGUCAUAGUUGGAGCAGCUGUAGGGAGCUAUGUGUGGUGGAAAAACCCACAUUAUAGGAUGGAAGGUGACAGCUAUGUGCAGUACAAGGCCAUGGUUAUGUGUACUGGUCUUCACCUUCUGCUCCUCAUGUUCGAGGUGUUAGCCUGUGAUAAUCUAGAGACGGAUAACCACUCUUGGAUCCUCGUCUUCAUUCCACUCAUGUUUAUGUCCGUCGUGUCUAUUGGUAUCUGUGUUUGGGCUGUCAAGAAUGAAAGGUCUUUUGAGAUGGAGUUGUUUUGUUCUGUCAAUGUUCUGCAGUUUAUUUUUCUGGCUUUGAGACUGGAUAACAUCAUCAACUGGAGCUGGGUGAUUGUGUUUAUUCCUAUCUGGAUUGUCAUGUGUGUUGCUCUCAUCGGUGUGCUGUAUGCUGUUGUGCUUGCUGUCAUUCUACUCAAAUCACCUGACAUUAUUCCUGAGCAACGUCGAGGCAACAUUUCCUCGGCCGUCGGCUAUUCCUUUCUCGUCAUUCCUCUUCUAGUAUUUGAAAUAUUACUUGCCGACCGUAUGGACAACAAUACUGACAGCCCCAAAAACUACACAGCUGUGACAGUCCCCCUUCUCAUGUCCCUCAUCACGCUGGUCUGUCUGUCCUUCGGCUCAAAGGGAGGCAACCACUGGUGGUUUGGAAUAAGGAAAGACUUUUGUCAGUUUGUUCUUGGUGUGUGUCCAUUUCUUCAGGAAUAUGGAAACAUAUCCUAUUCUAUACAAAACAAUGACCCUGAAUCUGAAGAGAGUUCUGUGGACACUUCAGAAAAGUUGAAGACAAGCACAUCAAAGAAAGACCUCAUUGAUGAACAGCCUAGAGCUGUGGUGCCGGUAUUGUCCAUUGAGAUGCCGGACUAACUCGCCAAAAACAUAUGUAUACAAGAUAUUUUGGGGUGUUUACUGUCUGUUGUGAGCUUGAUCAUAUACUACUCUCAAGGCAUUAAGGAACAUCCAGUUCUUUCAUAUUGCUGUAGUUUGUCUUGCCGACGACAUGACCUGAUUCUUUCAUAUUCCUGAAGUUAAUCUGUCAUGCCAUUACAGAUUAAAUAUAGUUAUAUGGAAGAAUCAGGUUUACUUUUGACAAGAAUGUUUCAGCAGGGUAAACUGCACCCUCCAAAACUGGAAACCCGGGGUAAGAAUUGAUCUUCAACCACCCAUGCUUCUUGUGAGAGAUGAGUAACAGGAUCAGGUGAUCAGACUCGCAGACAUAGUUGACACAUGUCAUCAUACGCCAAUGGUCAUGAUGUCAGGCAUUGGAUUGUCUGGUCCAGGCUUAUUUAUUUACAGUCAUAGCUGGAAUAUUGCUGUAUAUGGCGUAACAACAAACAAACAAAGAAAACAACAUGACAAUGAAGGGUUAUCAUGGCCCAUCGUGUCCAGCCAAAUCCCACUCCUAUUUUACUGAUGUGAUAACCGAUACCUGGAUAUUUUUACCUUUGAACUCCCAUCUUUAGCAUUGUACCGAGCAUCAAAUGCUCAACAACACCUGCAAGUAUGAAGACAUGAUAUUAAUCAUCUGUAGAGAAUAAAAGUUAUGAGUCCUGUGAAAAAACAACAAUUUUUCUACAUGGACUCACACAGGUGUGAGACAGACAGGACGUCACUCAAAAAUGCUGCAGCAUAACAGUGGAAUGCGAAUACAUUGUGUUAUGUUGCAGUAGUAACAACACAUAUUUACCAGAAUGUGGAAAACAACUGAAUUGAAAUUAUUCUGAUCAAUAAUGAUCAAACUUAACAUUCAUUAAUAUGGUUUCCAUUUUGCCCUGCUAAAUGACACGUUUUGUCCUUUUAAGUUAGGAUUGAGAAAAACAUACUAUUUAAGAAAUGGAUUCACCUGAAGGAAAUAGUCCAUGAAUUGUCCAUUUUAUGAAUCACGUUUCUAAGCAAAUCAUAUCCCAGCACACACUCCCAUUACUUUUAAUAUAUAUGAUCAUCAAAUGACUAAAUGUCUUCUGAGGAAUAGGGAGUCAUUAGUAUAGACAUUUGGGGGGCAGGGGUGUAAGCAGAGGUAAUUGAGUCGUCUCAGAUGAUGCAAUUUGCUAUGUAGAGUUGCUUCCCUUGAUAGCUGUUCCAGGAUCCUCCGAUCAUGGGUAAGAAACACAGAUUGUUUAACCCUCAGACUUUUAUAAAAUACCACUCCCUAAUUAAUGUUCACAUUUAUUAUUCUUUUAUUUUUGUAAAUAGAAGUGUCAGUUUUUCUGUAAAGGCUUUAUACAUUUGACAAAUUUAAUCCUGGUCAUUAAAAGAAGUAUUUCGCUGUUUGUAAAAUAUUUACUUUAUUGUAUGAAUUGAUUGUUUGUUGUUUCUUAUUAUCAUGAUAAUAUUGCUUACUUAACCCAUGAAGAUCUGGGCUAUGAUUGUUCUUCACCACCCAUGCUUGCCAUAUAUAGCAACAGAGUACACCCAACACAGUAAAACGGGAGAGCCAGGUAUACGUUUGUCUUUAGGAACCUUUGCUUGUCAUAAGAGGCAACAGCCGGGAUCAGGUGGUCUGACUGAUUUAGUUGACACAUGUCAUUAUAUCCCAGUUGCCUAUAGCAAUGUGCUCAUUACGUCAGUUAAUGGAUUGUCUAGUCCAGGCUGUAUUAUUUUUACAGAAUAACUGGAAUAUUGGUGUUAAACAAUGAAGUAACAUAUAUGACAUAUGUAACUUUAUGAUGCAAAUUGAAUUGAUUUUGUGGGAGUAUAUAUUAGAAAACAAUAUAAUAUUUAUGUAAUUCCAUGACAAUUAUGUUUGAUACAUUAAGAAAGCUAUAGAUGUGACCAUGAAUACAGAGGGUAACCUCUGUAAGUUCUCUCUAUAUAGUAAUGUAGGUACAUGUAAUAUUCCUUGUCAUGACUCCAUGACAUUGUCAUCAUUUUCCGGGGGCGGUGGGGUAGCCUAAUGGUUAAAGCGUUGGCUCAUCACGCCGAAGACCCGGGUUCGAUUCCCCACAUGGGCACAAUGUGUUAAGCCCAU